AAACGACACCGUAUGCCUUCUUUAUCGGAAAUUUAAAGUGACAACUUUGAAGGAUAAAUACCUGCGUUCCCUCUCGUUGUUUCGUUUUACGCCGCAGCCGCAGCACCGCCAUCGCUGCUCUCCAUUACUGUGGCCGACGCUUUCUCUACCGUUGUGGUUCUCCCUCACAUCGCGUUCGUUUACCAUUGCCCUUUUUCAUAACUGUCGCUGUCAUUCACCACUUCGACGCCAUUUCCGUGGUUGUUUUAAUUGAAUUGAAGGAGGCCUAACUGCAUUGUCCACGUCGCUGGUGCUGUUCAGUGUGGUAAGUGUAAUAAAGCAGUGCUGUGACUUUCUGAUUACCUUGUAUUUCAUAAGCAACUAUGGCACUGAGAUUGGUGAGCAGGAAGUUGGGUAGCAGAUUUUUCCCUAUGCUUUCUUUCACUUCUCAACUGCAUUCACAUGCCACAAGUUUUGGAUUUAAAGAAGUAAAGGAAGAAGACAAAAGUCAACUGGUGAGCAAUGUCUUCAGUAGUGUUGCCUCAAAUUAUGAUCUUAUGAAUGAUCUGAUGAGUGGUGGAUUGCAUAGACUAUGGAAAGACAGAUUGGUCUCCAAACUAAAUCCAUUCCCUGGAAUGAAACACCUUGAUGUGGCUGGUGGAACAGGGGAUGUUGCUUUCAGGAUCUUAGACACCGUAAAAAGUAUCAAAUAUAGAGCAAUUCGAGAUCCUCUUAAUGAUCAUUUACUGGAAGAAACUCAUAUCUAUGUGUGUGACAUAAACCCAAACAUGUUAAAUGUUGGCAGAAAGUGGGCUAUAGAGAGAGGUUAUGGAGAAGACAAUUCCCUUAUAUGGGUGGAAGGAAAUGCUGAAAAGUUGAGUUUUCAAGAUCAGUCAAUGGAUGGUUACACAAUAGCAUUUGGAAUUAGGAAUGUUACACAUAUAGAGAAAGUUCUUGCUGAAGCAUAUAGGGUAUUGAAGAGAGGAGGAAGAUUUCUUUGCCUUGAACUAAGUCAUGUGGAAGUUCCCGUGUUAAAAGACUUAUAUGACUACUAUUCAUUCUCAGUCAUUCCAGCCCUUGGAGAGCUGGUUGCAGGUGAUCGGGAAUCUUAUCAGUACUUAGUUGAGAGCAUUCGUCGUUUUCCGUCUCAGGACAAGUUUGCUUCAAUGAUAGCAGAUGCAGGGUUUCAGAAAGUUGAGUAUGAAAAUCUUGUUGGUGGAGUGGUUGCCAUUCAUUCAGGAUUGAAGUUUUGAAGGAGUUUAUGGAAACACAUAUAGCUUUUUCAACUCAUGUUCUUGUCAAUGGAUCAUUUGUACAUGAUUUUUUGGGCAUUGAAUUUUGUCUUGCUUUGUUUUAUGGAAAUUUUAGCUUGGCAUUCUGAAUCUCAUGUCAAGUUCUUUAACUAGUCA